AUGAUGAAACUUUCACAAGUUCAAAAUUACCCUAAAGUCGGUAUAUUUUGGAACCUGUGGGAAGCAGCAGUUCCUCCAUUGGUUCCAGUGUGCAACAUUUUCUAUUCUUUGAAAAUGUAUGCAUCGGCAUUUGGUGUCUUGAAACAAUUUCUAGUUGUUUCCGAUAUUGCAAAUGCUGUCCAUUCAAGAUAUUAUACAACCAAGUUGGAAUUUAAACAACUUGGAAUUCCAUUAAUUGAAGUUUCAACUUCAAACAAUAAUCAAAAACCAAUAUCAGAUAGAUCAGAAAUUGUAUCGAAAAUAUGGGAAUUCAUUUAUGAUAACUAUGAACUAUCUACAAAUAAUGGAAUUCAUAUAAUAUUGAUAGAUAGGAAAGGUCAAGAGUAUUCCUUACUUAAAUCUCUAAAAUCACGUGGCAUCAAUAUCACCACUCUGCCCUCUCCAUUCCCACCAAUGAAAUAUAAGAGUGUUUCACCAGAUUCACAUAGUUAUUUUUCUGAAGAUAUUGAUCUCAAUUAUUCAAACUAUAGUGAAUUAUAUUCUAAUAAUUUAUUACAACCAACCGAUAAUCUUUAUCAAGAUGAAGAUAUUUCAAAUUAUAAUCUAAAUUCAAUUGAUAAUGAUAACAAUAACAAUAAUAUAGAUAAUUUAUUAAUCGAAUCAAGUUUUGAAGAAAAUAAUAUAGAAGAUCCAUCACCAUCAUAG